UUGACACCGUCUCGUGCACAAGUCUCGCUCGGGCAUCGCUCGCGCGGAGAGACGCACCGCCGACUGUGGGCGCGCGCUCGGACCCGUCGCCUCCGUGGCUCCGCGCGCAGACGCCGUACGGAGUGUCGCCCAUCUUCUCCUUGCUCUCUGUCUGGCUCGAGGCGGUAUUGGGUUCGACGGGCAGGGCGCGAGAACAGUCCCCCCCCCUGCCGCUGCAGCCGGCGCGUCCCCGAUGGACGGUAGUAUUAAUAACAUGGCGAUGUGGAACCCACCCCAGAGCAGGAGGUAAAAGACACACCGAGGCCGGACAGAGCUCGGAGGAGCACGCGCCGCGGGCAUAUUGUUUCAGCAGCUAUAAAUGCUUAAGAUGUCCGCCCCCAAUGACCUCAAGUCUGCCUGCGCGCCAAGGAACGGCAUGGUGAAGCUGCCACCUCAGCCUAACGGUCUGGGCUCUGCUAGCAUCACCAAGGGGACACCAGCUGCCAAGAACCGUCUGUGCCAGUCGUCUUCAGUGCCCACCAUCCUGCUUCCCCCCAACCUGCCCUACUACAUGGAACCACAUCCCACGCCGCCCUUGCUGGGUCCCGAUUUGGAUACGACCGCCGGUCAGAUGCCUCGCCAGCCGCUCCUCAUGUCUUCCGUUGAGAGGCAGCUAGUGCUUGACGAGAAGGUCCUGGACCGGCUGCUCUGGUACUUUACCACUGCUGAAAAGUGUGUUCUGGCCCAGGUGUGCAAAAUGUGGCGUAAGGUGCUGUACCAGCCCAAGUUCUGGGAGGGUGUGACCCCUGUUCUUUACGCCAAGGAACUGUACAACCUGCUGCCCAGUGGAGAGAAGGAGUUUAUUAACCUUCAGGGCUUUGCUCUAAGGGGUUUCCAGGCCUUCUGCUUGGUUGGUGUCUCCGACUUAGACAUUUGUGAGUUCAUUGACAACUACCCCCUGUCCAAAAAGGGCGUCAAGUCUGUCAGCCUCAAAAGAUCCACCAUCACUGAUGCGGGUUUAGAGGUCAUGCUGGAGCAGAUGCAGGGUCUGAUGCACCUUGAGCUCUCGGGUUGUAACGACUUCACGGAGGCAGGCUUGUGGUCGAGCUUGAACGCACGGCUCACCUCCCUCAACGUCAGCGACUGCAUCAACGUUGCGGACGACGCCAUCGCCGCCAUCUCCCAGCUGCUGCCUAACCUGUCGGAGCUGAGCCUGCAGGCCUACCACGUCACCGACACGGCCAUGGCCUACUUCACCGCCAAGCAGGGCUACACCACGCACACGCUGCGCCUGCACUCCUGCUGGGAGAUCACUAACCAUGGUGUGGUCAACAUGGUGCACAGCCUACCCAACCUGACCGCUCUCAGCCUUUCUGGCUGCUCCAAGAUCACGGAUGACGGCGUGGAGCUGGUGGCUGAGAACCUGCGCAAGCUACGCAGCCUGGACUUGUCCUGGUGCCCUCGCAUCACGGACAUGGCCUUGGAGUACAUUGCCUGUGACCUCCACAAGCUCGAGGAGCUGGUCCUGGACCGAUGUGUCCGCAUCACUGACACCGGUCUGGGGUACCUGUCCACCAUGUCCUCCCUGCGCAGCCUGUACCUGAGGUGGUGUUGCCAGGUGCAGGACUUUGGGCUGCAGCACCUUUUUGGGAUGAGGACUUUGCGCCUUCUCUCCCUAGCAGGUUGCCCCCUGCUGACCACUACUGGCCUUUCUGGCCUGAUCCAGCUGCAAGACCUGGAGGAACUAGAGCUCACCAACUGUCCAGGCGCCACGGCAGAGCUCUUCAAGUACUAUUCACAACACCUGCCUCACUGCAUGGUCAUCGAGUAACGAGAGGAGAGAGCCAGACGCCGCUGAACACCUCUCUAUCCGUUUGCAAGCGAAAGCUGGCCAAGUCAACUUUAUUCAGAGCCUGAGGGGGCAGGAAUGUGGAGGGAGGGAAGGGCUUAGGGUUGAAGAAUGGCAAGAACGGUAGAAUAUACAGCAGUGAGGGCUUAGAGACUCAAGAAUGAAGAAUGCAAAGAGACUUGAGAAGGAAGAGACUCUACAGUUAACAAGAUGAACACACAUACAAUCACACUAACAGUGUUUGAAACAUGACAUUUCAUGAGGCAGGCCGCUUUGGUGUGACAUUCUGUGAGUACCGACUCAGUAAAAGCGUGCGUAGGGCGCUCAUGACACCUCGCACCCUGGACUCCAGAGGGAGGUAAGAGUGACACAUAGAAACAACAUUCAGACCUAUACACUUGAAGAAGUCGAUUUUCCUCCCCCCAUUUUGGUGUCUUAAUAGAAUUUAAGGAAAAAAAAAAAAAAAACUGGUACUCUUUUGUCCAAGAUGCACGCAUUCUCGCUUUUGGUCGUUUUCUAAAGAUAUUCUGUUAUUUUUUUGAUUAGCAAGAUAAAACUGAAUCAUUUGUGGCAAGCAAUCAUUUUUUUGAACAUAAGGCCGAGAGCGAAACGGAGGCCUUUUUGUCAAGGUACUGAAAGUCGGGUCAGAGCGACCUGGUGGGCGAAAGUGGUGGGCGUGUAGCUUUCGACUUGCUCAUAUUUGAAUUCAUAAAAGGGAAUGUACUAUAUAAGCAUUACAUAACAUGCCCAGCUUGGCCAUUACAAUAUAAAUAAAAGUGUAUUUUCAUUCCAUUUUUGUACUCAUGUUAUAUUAAAGGCUUGCAGUUCAUGGUUUGAAUCUUAAGCUUAUUGCAGGCGAGGGUAAUCCACAUGGUGCGACUCUCAAAGUCACUGAGUAUGGAGGCCUUGGUGGGGGGGGGUGGGUGGUGGUGUCGCACGUUAAUAGUGAUUUCUCCUCUCGCCAGAUGUACUUAACAUUUACACCAGCUCCGCUACAGUCUGUCACAGUUAAAGUGGUAGCUACAGUGUUAGUCGAAGAGGCGUAGUAUCAGCUGUAAUCCGCAAAUGAAACGCAAAAUGACUUUACCACAUUAUACUAUACGGUUCCAGACCACUUACAGGUGUACCGCUGCUAGUUGGUGGAUGGGAGUUAAAUUUGUGAAAGCGCUUCAGUGUUUACCUUUGUGCAUCGUGCCCGAAACCUUCAGUGAGGAAACACGGCAAGAUUUUGUGAGUAGAGAAACGUGGGAGCGCUCGCUCAUCUAACAACAUUCCGGUCCCGUUGCUGGUUCAUCCUCCUCUUCCCCCCCCCCCCCCUUUCUCCGUUGUCCGAAAUUAACAGUGUGGCGGAAUGUCGAUGCUGUUGCGGCACAUCUCUUUUGUGACGGGUAGGGGUGGCAUUCGGCUCCCGGGCCCCCGGUCCCCGGCCGGCCCCUCGUGUUUUUGUGCUGCCGUGUUGUCGGCGAGGGGCACGAUCAUCAAUUCAGCGCUUCGUCGCUCCUCUUUGUUUACACCUGACCUCCGCUGCCGUCCACGCUGUCGGGGGGAGGUUGGGGGGGGGGCAUGUGGACAGGCCUGCAGUCACUCUUUUCUCAGCCUUUUCUGAUAAACACGUCAGCGCUCAAUUUUUUGUCAUGUUUUCCCCCCUCUGCUUUCCAUCACACUAUUACACUGUGCUUCUUGCACUAGGAUUCUCUCUGAUGGUAUCGCUGCUGCGUGUGUGCGUGUGUGUGUGCGCGCGCGUGGACGUGUGCUACAUCUCGCUGUCCGAUAAGAAAAUACUUGUAAUUUUCUUUUUUAUUCCAAGGGCUCAUUGAUGCUAACCCCACUAAUGUCAUUUCUCUGCCAGGUUUUUUUUUUUUUUUUUUUUUUUGAGAAAAUGAGUAUGUGUUCGAAGGAAUUUACCGAAAGUUAAAUGCAAAUAGGCAUCGUCCACGUACUAGCA